AUGAUACCCAUCUGGCUCGAUUGCGAUCCAGGCCACGAUGAUGCCGUCGCGAUUCUUUUAGCGGCGAAAUUACCCGCCUUCAACUUGCUCGGAAUAUCGACCGUUUUCGGAAACGCGCCGUUGGAAAAGACAACCGUCAACGCCAUGGCCGUGCUGAAAGCAAUCGGACAAGAUUCGGAAAUCAAAGUGUAUCCGGGCGCCGAGAGAAUUCAGUCACGGGGUGGUGGCGGCGAUGGUGGGUCACAUGACCAAUCCAACCAGUCGCACAGCCCUUCGUCGUGUUCCCGUGGCCAUUACGAAACUGCUCCCUCCACAUUUGCUCCUUCGAUUCAUGGUGAAUCAGGUUUGGAUGGAACGUCUCUGUUGCCGGAAAUCACGUGCACAAUCGAACCUCAUGUUGAUUCCACUCUCGUGGCCAUGGCAAACGCCAUCCGAAACAACCCCGGCACGUGUCUUGUUGCUACUGGUUCACUUACCAACGUUUCAGCGCUAUUUGACCGCUUUCCAGAUGUCAAAAAUCUUGUGGAAACAGUUUCCAUUAUGGGAGGAGGAUUUGGAAUGGGCAAUUGGACGCCCUAUGCGGAAUUCAACAUCUGGUGCGACGCCGAGUCAGCUAGCCAGGUGCUCGGCGACCCGAUCGUCGCUGCGAAGGUUGUGCUCUGUCCACUGAACGUGACUCACACGGCCAUUGCAACCGAAGAGGUGCUUAGUCAGAUCAAGAGUGUCGGCGGUAACGUGAGCCAGAUGUUUUUCGAACUCAUGACCUUUUUCAAGGAGACAUACGAGUCCGAGUUUGGUUUCAAGGACGGUCCUCCUGUUCACGAUCCUCUUUCUGUGGCUGUUUUACUCAACGGGAUUGUUACGAAGGAGAGAAGAGUGACAGUGGAUGUCACUGUGGGGGGAGAACAGAGAGGAAUGUUGACGGAGCAAGUGGGGGGUCACUUGACGGUGGUUGAGGAGGUGGAUCUGAACAAGUUUUGGGCUUUAGUGGUGACUUGUUUGGAGGCAUGCAAGUGA